GUACUUUGAAUAAGAUUUUAACCUUCGAGUUAUCUACCAAACAUUUUAAACGAUACUAAUACACACCCUUUUUCGCUUUCCAGAGAUUUAAAGUUGGAAAAUUUACUCCUAGAUAUAGACAAGAACAUCAAAGUUAUAGAUUUCGGCGUGAGUAAUGUGUUUUACGGGGACAGCAGCCUGAGCACGCAGUGCGGAUCACCAGUGUACGCCGCGCCGGAAAUGUUUUGUAACCGGAAAUACGGACCCGCCGUCGACAUCUGGAGCAUGGGCGUUUGUCUGUAUGCAAUGGUUACUGGUAAGCUUCCCUUUGUGCCAGAGCCUACAAACAACAUAACUAUGUUGCAUUCACUCAUCCUGCAGGGUGCUCACAUACCGGAUACACUGUCCGAUGGUAGUGCUAACCUUCUUGCACGAAUGCUAGCCUUAGAGGUAUAUUACCGGAUCACCAUUGAUGAAGUCCUCUCCCAUCCCUGGGUGCAAGGCGAGGAAGGUUCUCUGGUGACCAGAAAGCCACCUAUCUCAAAUCUCUGCCUUUCUAUCCCGAAGCCUCAAAUUGUGAAUUAUAUGUCAACCGUUUUUAAAUUCCUCGAGGAUGACGUGUUUUGUUCUGUGAUAGAACGUAAAAUGAACGCAGUUGCGGCAACGUACAAUCUGCUACAAAGACGGUUCGAUGCCGGAAUACAAAUUGUUGGUUUGUCUAUGGCCAUAUCCAGCGCUAAAACUAACAACCGUAGUUGUGAGGGUGGCAAGAGUUGGAAUUCUCGAGUUGAUUUUCCACUUCUACCUUCUGAAAAUAUUGGUCGACAUGACAACGAUCCGUCUUCCCAAAAGAAUAUGUGUAAAUCCUACAUGCAGAUUCUCAAGGAUUCAAAGCGCAAAAGUGCCCAGAACGUGCGCUCUGGAAACGUGUUUAGACAAAAGGAAUUUGCACUUACGCGGUAUAAAACAAAAACAGACAUGAUAAGGCAUACACACACAAAAGAAGAAGUAGAUUUCUUGCCUGAUUUCCUUCUGACAUAUACUCGAUGUGACGAUACGUAUAAUCAUAAUCGAAAACCUAACCAAUCUUUUGAAUGGGAUCAGACUUGUAUAGGUUCUAAAAAUGAGCCUAGUAAAAUUGACUCAUUCAAAACAAUACACGGAAAACAAGAAAUUCAAACAGAAGACACGAAAAACAGGCACAUAGAUGGACGGAUAACCGCAGAAAUACCGCUACUUGUUCCUCCGACAAGUCCGGUAUCACCUGUCAUCCCUAGAGAUGUAUCCACAAACCAAAACGAACGCGUGUCUGAAAUAAAUGGUACUUCUAAGAGAAUUAGCAACCAAGAAAAUGUAAUAGACAUUUUAAAUAAUAAGUGUACUCUAGUUGAUGUCUCCAGAGAUCAAAGCUUCAAUAACACUGUAGCAGGGGCAAACGUGGAAGGAACGAAAUCGAUCGUGAACGACCCUUGCACGACUCGGACAUGGUCCACUUUCCAAAAGCAGAAAGAGAGACUAGGUCGAGGGGUGACCCUCGUUAAUCGAAAAAAACAUGUGGCUUAUAAUUAUGGGUUAACAAAACCCAAGGCGUUAACCAACAGAGAAGCCCGCUCGUAUUUUGAGGAGAUAGAACAAGCCAAAGUUAUUGGUCAAGGUAGAAGACUCAUGGAGAGGGCAAGAACGUCUUCUAGUUGCCAGAUCGAAAACUCUCACUCUCUUUUGAGCCGGAAACCGCACACGGCUGGACUCCACCGUGUUGUACCCGAGCCUAGAAAAGAGCCCAGCGCCGCUCUCCGGUCGACCGGCGUUGAAAAUGGUGUCACAUUUAGGACAGUUGACGCGAACGGGAUUAUUCACUUUCCGGACGUAAUGCAGACGUCACAUGCUACCUACGACGUAAGGCCUCUGAGUCCUACGAGGCAUUCGGUCGAAGAUGGCGUUACCGAUGUCAUAAGAGUGCAUAUUACAAGUUCUGCAAAAUAUUAACAUUGUUGAAAUAUUUAUCAUUGUAAUUGUACUAUAUAUAUAUAUAUAUAUAUAUAUAAAUGCAUUAUGAGGGACACACAAAAAUCAAGUUUGGACUACCUCUGAGCUAUUUUCCUUCAAAUCCACUGCUUUUGCAAACUUAAAAUGCUUUUUUUCCAUAUAAAUAUAAAAAAAACAAUUAAUUUACGCACGGAAAAACAAAAACAGGGUAUGAAACUGAAAGGAUGAAAAAAAACACAUCAAAAUGCCAUAUUUGUAAGUUAUUUUUAAUGAAUAAGCAGGUUAUCGCUUAUCUUUACCAAAACUCGCUUAAAUCGGCAUUUUGACAGUUAAAUGUAUCUAUUUUUGUCAUAAAAUCCUGUCAUCCACGCUCAAAAUUUUAUUUUACUUGUGUUAACAAGAAAUUAGAACAACACCAAAUCGGUAUUUUAAACUGAAAAGUUUUAUUUCCAUGCUUUGGCUAAUGGUUGAAAAUGUCAUUCCAUAUUUUGGUCAAAUUGCACAUUUCAUUUCUUGUUGGUAGUUAUGUGAUACUAACUGUUCUUAUUAGUCAUCGAAUGUAAAUUAAAUUGAACAUUUCACUUCAAUACUUUUAAUCAAUAUUGUGUUGGUUUAUUUCCUGUCUUGAUACAAGAUGUUUUGGUAG